AGAAACACCAAAGAUUCUUAAAAAAAUCAUGGCAAAUCCUUUGGGAGCACUCAUGACCUCAUCAUUGCUCUUUCUUGUUGUUUUUGCACUUCCUAAUCAUGUCCAUGCAGAAAUUAACACCUCAUGGAAACAUGCAGCACCCAAUAAUGUUGGAGGUGCAGAUAAAACUGUUCCAAUACAUCAACACACCCCGUUUACACCUGGCCAAUGGAAGCAAGCUUAUGCCACUUUCUAUGAAGGAGGCUCUGGGACAUUUGGAGGAGCUUGUGGAUAUGAGGAUGUGGUUAAAGAUGGUUAUGGCCUAGACACAGCAGCAUUGAGCACAGCAUUGUUCAACCAAGGUCAAACAUGUGGUGCGUGUUAUGAGAUCAAAUGUGUGGAUUCUCCUAAAGGGUGUAAGCCAGGACAACCCUCUCUUUUUGUGACAGCAACAGAUCAUUGUCCUCCAAAUUACAACCUACCAAGUGACAAUGGAGGAUGGUGUAAUCCACCACGUGAGCAUUUUGAUUUAGCCAAACCUGCAUAUCUCAAAAUGGCUGAAUAUACAGCUGGAAUUGUGCCAGUCCAAUAUCGCAGGGUACCGUGCAAGAAACAAGGAGGUAUUCGGUUCACAAUCACAGGGAAUCCUUACUUCUAUCUAAUAAAAGUGUGGAAUGUUGGAGGAGCUGGUGAUGUUGUAGGAGUGCAAGUGAAGGGUGAAGACAAGUUGCAAUGGACAGAUUUGAAAAGAAAUUGGGGUCAGAAAUGGGAGACUAAUGCAAUGUUAUUAGGAGAGACAUUGACAUUUAGGGUAAAGACAAGUGAUGGAAGGUCCUCUACUUCAUUGCGUGUUGUCCCCAACAAAUGGCAACUUGGGCAGACUUUUGAAGGCAAAAACUUGGCAUAAAUUAAAUGGUUCCAUACAACAUCAAUUCAAGCUAAACACAGCUUUAAUCUUAAUUUGGUGUUUAUUAUUGGUUUGUCAUUAACAUAUAUGCAUUGUUUAGUUAUUAUAACAGAAUGUCCUCAUUUAGUGUUU